AUGUUUGAUUUCCAUGUGCUGGAUAUGGUUGAGCUAGGGAUGGAAAAAAAUAUGUGUCCUUAAAGGAGUUUAAGAACUGCAAAUGUCCUGAAGGCACCAAACCUAUGCUGAUAUUUGCUGGAGAAGCAUUUGAAACGAGCGAAGAUUAUAAGCGCCUGAAAAACCUCCUGACAGACUUCUUUAGAGGACCCACAGUGUCUGGUAUACGUCUGGCAGGGUUGGAGCAUAUAUUGCAUUUCACAGCAGUGGAUGGGAAGAUUUAUAUGCGCAGCUACAAAGUGUUAAUGAAGAAGUCUGGGUGCAGAACCCCACGCAUAGAACUGGAAGAAAUGGGACCUUCCUUUGAUUUUGUAAUGAGAAGGACACACUUGGCUUCUGAUGACCUGUACAAGCUGACUCUGAAACGUCCUAAAGCCUUGCAGGGAAAGAAGAAGAAAAACAUUUCCCACGAUACUUUUGGUACUAAAUUUGGCCGAAUCCACAUGCAAAAACAAGAUCUGGGUAAAUUGCAGACCCGUAAAGUUAAGGCACUGAAAAAGAGGCCAGCAGAGAAGAUUGCAGGAACAAUUGAAGAUGGAACUCCCAAAAGGAGGAAAAUCAACUGA